AUAAACUCGAAUCCCAAACAUAGCUUUAUUCCUUGCUUCAUUUUUCGUCACCCUAGCCGCUUUACUCUCUUGCGAUAUCUCUGAGGUAAGCUUUUUCGUCACCAUCUUCGAUCUGCUUCUUUCUCUUCUGUUGAUCUGUGUUGAAUCUGUUUCGAUCCUUCUCGUUUGUUUGUUGUAAUCUCUUGGAUUCGAUUCUCUUUGUUUAUAGAUCGUUUGGAAUUUCUGAUCUGUGGUGUAAAGUUUUAUCGAUUUAGGAGAACAAAGUUUUACAGUGCCAUCGUAUUGUUUUUUUUCUUCAUGCCAGCUGAUGAUAAACUAUAUGAUCGAUCUGGUUCUGAAAUUUUUGUAUUGUUCAAUGGAUUGUUGAUUGGAUCUUUUGAUGUAUGUGAUAUUAAUUGUCGAUUUGAAUUGUGAUUAGGUAAUUCUGGAGCAGCAUAAACAAUCAAUUGAUUCAUUCUUCUUGAUACCAAGUUGUGGAAACUCUAGGAUUGUUUGCUGUAUAUCUCCAGAAUUGCUGUUUUGAUUGAAUUUAGGUCGCUUAGCUCAGUUGAUAGAGCACCACAUUUUUUGUGGUAGAAAUCGAUUUGUUUGACAGUCUCUAACCAUGGGUAAAGAGAAGUUUCACAUCAACAUUGUGGUCAUUGGCCACGUCGAUUCUGGAAAGUCGACCACCACUGGACACUUGAUCUACAAGUUGGGUGGUAUUGACAAGCGUGUCAUUGAGAGGUUCGAGAAGGAGGCUGCUGAGAUGAACAAGAGGUCCUUCAAGUACGCAUGGGUUUUGGACAAACUUAAGGCUGAGCGUGAGCGUGGUAUCACCAUUGACAUUGCUCUCUGGAAGUUCGAGACCACCAAGUACUACUGCACUGUCAUUGAUGCUCCUGGCCAUCGUGAUUUCAUCAAGAACAUGAUCACUGGUACCUCCCAGGCUGAUUGUGCUGUCCUUAUCAUUGACUCCACCACUGGUGGUUUUGAGGCUGGUAUCUCCAAGGAUGGUCAGACCCGUGAGCACGCUCUACUUGCUUUCACCCUUGGUGUCAAGCAGAUGAUCUGCUGUUGUAACAAGAUGGAUGCCACUACCCCCAAGUACUCCAAGGCCAGGUACGAUGAAAUCAUCAAGGAGGUGUCUUCCUACUUGAAGAAGGUUGGUUACAACCCCGACAAAAUCCCAUUUGUGCCCAUCUCUGGAUUUGAGGGUGACAACAUGAUUGAGAGGUCCACCAACCUUGACUGGUACAAGGGACCAACUCUCCUUGAGGCUCUUGACCAGAUCAACGAGCCCAAGAGGCCGUCAGACAAGCCCCUUCGUCUCCCACUUCAGGAUGUCUACAAGAUUGGUGGUAUUGGAACGGUGCCAGUGGGACGUGUUGAGACUGGUAUGAUCAAGCCUGGUAUGGUUGUGACCUUUGCUCCCACAGGAUUGACCACUGAGGUCAAGUCUGUUGAGAUGCACCACGAGUCUCUUCUUGAGGCACUUCCAGGUGACAACGUUGGGUUCAAUGUUAAGAAUGUUGCUGUCAAGGAUCUUAAGAGAGGGUACGUCGCAUCCAACUCCAAGGAUGACCCUGCCAAGGGUGCUGCUAACUUCACCUCCCAGGUCAUCAUCAUGAACCACCCUGGUCAGAUUGGUAACGGUUACGCCCCAGUCCUGGAUUGCCACACCUCUCACAUUGCAGUCAAGUUCUCUGAGAUCUUGACCAAGAUUGACAGGCGUUCUGGUAAGGAGAUUGAGAAGGAGCCUAAAUUCUUGAAGAAUGGUGAUGCUGGUAUGGUGAAGAUGACUCCAACCAAGCCCAUGGUUGUGGAGACCUUCUCUGAGUACCCACCACUUGGACGUUUCGCUGUGAGGGACAUGAGGCAGACUGUUGCAGUCGGUGUUAUCAAGAGUGUUGACAAGAAGGACCCAACUGGAGCCAAGGUUACCAAGGCUGCAGUCAAGAAGGGUGCCAAGUGAACUCUGAACAUCAAAACUCUUUCCGCUGAUGAAAUGAAGGACUAUUUUAGUUUCUUUACUUUAGUAGUUUGGUAUUUGGUUGGUUGUUUGUGUUACCGCUUCGUUUAUUCUCCGUCGGAGCUCAAUUCUCGGAAUUGGGUUCUUGAUCGGAGGUGGCGGAGGUACUUGGCACUCGAGCUUCCUGUUUAUUUCUUUUGUUUUGUGUUAUGAUUUUGAACCUUUUUGGAUAUUCGGUUAUAUGAUAUUUGUGUCAUUCCUGCGGAUAUUAUCUUAUCUUAUCAACUUAAGUCUGUUUUUCUUCUCUAAAAUUCAACGAUCAGCCUCUGAAGUUUCUUACAUGGUAAAAUUGUAAUCUAGAACUUUAAACAACAUUGGAGAAACAAGUCUAUAUCAGUUUAUAA